AGUUUCUUGCUUUCAGCUGGAAAAGUCCCUGGCGGAGUGGAGUGAAGUCGGAGCAGACACAUUGUUGGAGGAGAGAGAGGAUACUCACCUGUAGAACAGCAUUGGCCUGGUUUAAAUUAUCAUUAUUUAUUUAUUUUUUUUUAACAUUCACUUGUUUUUCUCAAGAGUGUGAGCCUUCAGGAUGACGGACACACUUUUACCAAACGGCAUCAAAGACAGCGGAGGAGACAGCAAUUAUUUCAGAAAGGGCUUUAACCCGUUCGCCCAGACUGGACGAAGCAAACUGCAGAAUAAGCGAGCCAGUCUGAACCAGCAGAUCAUCAAAGAGAUGAGGAUGAGGGCUGGAGCUGAGAACCUGCUGAAGGCAACAUCUAACAACAAGGUUAAAGAGAUGGUUCUGUUGGAGCUGAGUUAUGUUAACGCCAACCUGCAGCUACUGAUGGGACAGCUGGAAGGACUCAACAGCUCAGUGGAGGUCUACCAGAACACCCAUGAAACAGCCAACAUUCCACUCAUUGCUCUGGGUCUAAAGGAGACAAAAGAAAUUGACUUCUCCACUCCAUUCAAGGACUUUAUCUUGGAGCACUACAGUGAAGACGGGAGCAGUUUUGAAGAUGAGAUUGCUGACUUGAUGGACCUGAGACAGGCUUGCCGAAUGCCAAGUCGAAACGAGGCUGGAGUGGAACUGUUCGCGAAAUACUACAGCCAUCUUCCUCUGUUGGAGAGCCGAUUCUUCUCCCCAAAUCGCCAGACUGGCAUCUUCUUCACCUGGUAUGACUCCUUCACAGGAGUGCCAGUGUGCCAACAGAACCUGUCACUGGAGAAAGCCAGCAUCCUCUUCAACAUGGCCGCCCUCUACUCUCAGAUUGGUACCCGUAGCGACCGACAGACAAUAGCCGGCCUGGAGGAGGCCAUCUCUUCCUUCCAGAAAACUGGAGGUAUCCUGAACCACCUGAAGGAGACAUUCACCCACACUCCCAGCUACGACAUGAGUCCAGCCAUGCUCAGUAUGUUGAUUCGGAUGAUGCUCGCUCAGGCUCAGGAGUGUCUGUUUGAGAAGACUGCGUUGCCUGGGAUUCGAAACCAGUUCUACUCCCUGAUGAAAAUGGCCCAGGAGGCCGCAAAGGUCUCAGAAACCUACGACCAAGUCCAUCAGUACAUGAUCCAGACGCCAAUUAAGGACAAUGUCCCGUUGUUCUGGUCCACGAUGUCACAGGUCAAAACCAACCACUACCGCUCCAUGGCACACUACUUUGUGGCAUCAGCCCUGCUCGACCACCAGCUGGGUCCCAGUGAUGACGAGGACCAGCAGGAGAAGACCUUGUCACAGGUUUAUGAUCGCCUUCCUGAGGGACGCUCUCCUCUGGACAUCCUGAAGAAUAAAGAAGAACGUAAACGCAUUGGUAAAGCACACAUUCGACGGGCCAUCCUGGGCCAUGAGGAGGCUCUGAGGAUUUAUGGUUUGUGCCACCACUUGAACAAGCUGGAGAUCCUGGAGGACAUUUUAAAGGCCAGUCACCAGCGCUCACUCAACAAGCACAGCGAAAAUGACAACAAAGAAGAUUUCCCUGACUACAUGGAGGCACCCGACAUCAUCUCCAAAACAGAGCACAAAGCAGAGAUGGAGGUUCCCGCAACCACAAAGGUGAAGGUCACCGACUUUUUCCAGAGGCUGGGCCCUCUCUCAGUUUUCUCAGCUAAGCAGCGGUGGACAGCCCCACGGACAAUACAACUUCUUCCAGAAGACAGAGACCUGGGUUUCACCCUCAAAGGAGAAUCGCCCGUCCAGGUGUUUUCGUUGGACCCCCUCUGCCCAGCUGCUGCUGAUGGGCUCAAAGAAGGUGACUACAUUGUUGCCGUGGGCGACAUUGACUGCAAAUGGUUGGGUGUGAGCGAGGUGAUGCGGCUGCUGAAGGACGUGAACGAGGAGGGGAUCGACAUCCAGGUGGUCAGCAUGAUGGACAGCAACCCUCCCAUGCCCGCCAAGAGUGCCACCUUCUGUGGAAACCUGCCGAAGACCUACUCCAUGAUUUGUCUGGCCUAUGAUGAUGACGACAAGAACCCCAAAUCACGCAAAGUAACCAAGAAGUCAUCCUUCCUCAGCUGGGGUCUGAAGAACAAGCUGAAGAGCGCCAGCACCCUCAGCCUUCCCACAGCAGACCACUCUGGCACCCUGCCGUGGAAUAAACCCUGUCCCACCUUCCCCAGCUCCAGCUCCUACAACAACGACAGUGCCCUGUACUGAAGUAGCUGCAGACUUUUUACUGUCUAGAGGCAUCGUGCAGUAUGCAUAUUGAGCCUAGUAUGGCUGCAUACAGUACUGUGCUGUACCCAUACUGGACCUGCUAUGGCACAGUGUCAGUGCCCUUUGGUGUUUCCACUGGAAUACUGAGCAGUAGUGUAUGAAGCCUUAAUGUCACCAAUGUGACAUUACUGCCAGCUACCUUGGAAAGUGGCUGUGCCAAAUACUGUACAUGGGUGCCUAUGUCUCAGCACAGUUCAGUAUCUGAAGUAAACUGAACUGGACAGCAAACAUAAUGGGAUAACAGUCUGUACCAUGCCAGUAUGCGUACAGCACAGUACAACUGCACUGUGGGAAAAACAUACCAGUUAUCAUUCCAGUCUAUAUAAAUAUAUACACACACACACACACACACACACGUAGCACUGAGACAGGUUUCUAAGUUAAACUGUCAUCUCAGUAUGUUUUCUUGAAGAAAUGCUCCAGACGAAUUGAAGGACGAAAACAAAGUUGUAGAAACACACCCCAGCGUCGGUUUCUACUCGACUGCAAGGGGGUGAUUUUCUGUUGGCGUAAGCGGUCCCUUGUUAGCUCCCUUGUGUACUGAUGUAGCUGUGCACUGUGCAGUUAAGCUCUCAGUGUGUCCUCAAUACAUGUUUCAUACUGUAUCUGCAAAGGAUUUGGUCAUUGCCACGAUAUGUGUUGCAAUCGGUGGAUACUGAUCAGUUUUGGGGUUUGAAAUACAUAUAUUGUAUAAAUAGAUAUGUAGAUGUAACCAUGUUGCAGUAUGUUCAGCAGUUAUUGAGGGAAAACAAAUUGUAAUGUGCAGUCGUAUUUGUCUGGGGAGAGUUGAUGAAUGCCAUGUUCUGUAAGCUGCUAAAAAACGUAUAUAUAACUUGGUUCUGUAUUAUUGUCAUGUUUGCAUUUGUGAGACAGACUUUGAGGACUGUUGUUUCUAUUGAGUGCCAUGCCUGACACACAAUGUAAAUGGAAACAUUGGUAUUUUAGGUUUGCUUAAUGUACCAGUUAUGCCACAGACCAAAAUGCCUCUAUGUCCCUGUAUGUACCAUUUACCAUCUUGACUCAUCUUAUCCACUUCUGGGCCUCCUUUAUCAGUGCUGCUGUUAUCUGGCAGUUUGUCCAUUUGUAAGAAGAGCACGAGCUGUGUGCUUCUCUAGUAAUGUGAAUCUUGAUCUAGUUAAAGGUUAUUUUAUCUCCAGAAGGGAAGAAUGUGGGCAGACUGAUGACAUUGCUGCAUUGAACCUAGACAGCCAGUCACCCACCUGUGACUUCGAUCAAAGCCCACAGUCAGGUUACUACUAUUUGUCUCUACUUGUCUUAAUCCAAGUCACAUCAAACAUCAAACUGACACUUUGCAGUGUUGGACUAUCUCUUUAUCUACAAAGUAGAUUCUUUUACACAUUUGAUAAUCAAAUUAUUUAUAUAAUGAAAAAUACACACAAAAAUAUAUAUAUUUACAUGUAAGUUGUGGGUUUCAGAACUAGUUUGUGCACAGUCAAGUUGUGAAUUUUUGCACGUUGGAUUUCUUGGUUUCUUGGAGGAAUGUAUUUUACUAGCCUUGCUUAAUCCUUUGGUGAACUUAUAUACAGUUACAUUUUGUCUAUGUAAAGAUAUUUUAAAAUGUAAAUGUUUUUAAACAGUAACACUGAGAAGACUUAACACUCUUUACUGUCUCUGUUUACCUAAUAUUGUGUCUUUAAGUGCCAUUUAUACUAAAUCAUGAAGGAAAGUAUCAAUAAGUGUAUGACAAGAAUGUGCAGAAAUAGAUUCAUAUUAACAAGUGCCAACUAAGUGUGUCAUACCCACACAGGUAUGACGUUUUGAAUAGAUCUUUGCAUGCAUUUCACAGUGCAUAGUGAUCCUAAAUGCCUUGGUGUAUAAGGAGAGGCUUAGGGUACCUGUUCUUUGGAGGUUUCAGGUUGCUUUUGCUUCUUUAUCUGUACUCUGUGCUGUGUAGCAACUGUGGUGUAAAUGCUUUGUUGGUAAGUCUUUGUGUCAUGUGUAUGUGUAUGUGUAAACUCAAAUCUCAAUAAAAC